CAUUCGUGUCGCUUAAUGUAGUUAGCCUCACGCUACUGUUAUUCAAUCUGCUGAACCAGGCUGGUGUCAAUGACUUUCUGCCACUCUCUUUAAAUGUGAUCUUGAAGGCACCUGAGUUUAUUGUUAAUAUUUCCAAACGUUUCUGCAAUGCAGAAGUAUCUAAAGGCGCCGGUGUUACUGAACGGCUGGAUUCGGGUCUUCGGUUCUCGGCAGUUUGGUUCCAGCGGGACGGAGCCCUGCCGCAGAGCCCUGCGGCCCAGACUGGCCCGCUGUUACAGCGUGGUGCCCCCAGUCCUGGACCAGGCAGAGAAAGCCAUGCUGGACCGGAUGCUGCGAGUGGACCACGCCGGGGAAUACGGAGCCAACCACAUCUACGCCGGCCAGAUGGCAGUGCUAGGGAGAACUCAGGCCGGACCAGUCAUCCAAGAAAUGUGGGACCAAGAGAAAGAUCACCUGAAAACGUUCAACGAGCUCGUGGCUGAGAACAGAGUGCGCCCCACAAUUUUAAUGCCUUUCUGGAAUGUGGCGGGGUUUGUCCUGGGUGCCAGCACAGCCUUGCUGGGGAAGGAGGGUGCCAUGGCCUGCACAGUGGCGGUGGAAGAGAGCAUCUCAGAGCACUACAACAGCCAGAUCCGAGCUCUGAUGGAAGUGGAUCCGGAAAAGUACAAAGAGUUACUAAACUUAAUCAAGAAGUUCCGUGAUGAGGAAAUGGAGCAUCAUGAUACAGGCUUGGAGCACGACGCAGAACUGGCACCGGCUUACUGGCUUUUGAAGAAUGCCAUACAGGUUGGCUGUAAGGCAGCGAUAUAUCUGUCUGAACGCAUCUAGAAUCCCUGAAGAUUGAAAUCCAAAGGUUUUGUUUUUUUUAAAAGAAUGGAUGUAGUUCCGGUCUGCUUUGUGUGAAUACUGUCCAACCAGCGCAGUGCUAACCAUGCCUGUGACUUUUACUGCAUCUCUAGAUGUGAAGGUCUUUCACAGCCUGUCAUGGGCUCAGGUCAUCAUGGCAGUCAUCAUGAGUUUACUUUCACGGAGUCAUAUUGAGUCCCCUUUAAGACAGUCGGUAUUAUGAAAUGAAAAAAAAAACAACAGGAAAAACACAGGGCAGAAGUGCGAUUGUUGUGAUUUGCUGUGUUUGGAACUCUGCCAUUUGUUUAGUCACUAAUUCUCUUGCAGUAAUUCUCAGUAUAGCAAUAAGGGGGUUUUAAUUACAGCCAUGCUGUUUCUUGGUAAGCUCUCUGUCACUGUGCUUCGAUAACGAUGGGCAACAGCAGUCUUUAAUUGCUAAGACACCUGCCCAGUGCCUUUUUGUAAAUCUGCUUGUUGGAAAGCCAGCAAGGUCAUUCUUUUCAGCCCCUUUGUAGUUUUGCGUUCUGUAUCAGAAAAUAAACGGGGCAGGGAGCUGCGCAGAGAUUAAAAUGGCCUCCCAGGAAAAUCAAGGCUGUUCUACACGUCUCCUGCAUGAAGUGCUGUACUAAGAAAAGAUAAGAGAGGCCUGUCACAGGCUGUAAGUAAACUCGCUGGUUAAAACAUUUUAAGAGCUUAUUUUCAUUGUCUUAUCCUGUCAGAUUUUAUUUAAUAUAAUAAAUAUUCCGAUGAUUUUCAUUGCA